AGGUUUGUUUGGUUUUCCUUUUGAAAGGAACAGCUUUUGGUUUGCAUUUUGUUUUCGUUUUUGGUAACUAUAAAGAUCCCCUCUCCUAACAACGGGUUAACUAGGAACGAUAAGGGAAAGGGCUGAUUAUCUUAGCUGAUAUAUGCUGUGGCCACCAAACUUCAGUUACAUUGUGGGUUUAGUUUCAUAGUCACACGUUUGUCCAUUAUUUCUUCAAGAUUGUGACUUGUACAUGUUUUGUGGGCAUGAAGUUGUCUCUCAGCUUUUGUAGUGUUGGCCCUACACGCCUUCUCAAACCUUAGGCUUCUUCUCAACUAUAAAUUUCUAUCAUUUCCUUGCUGUUCUUCUCCACUCCUGCAUGUUCCCUUAUCUCUCCCUUGCUCUCUUCCCUCUCUCUAAGCCACCCAUUUCUAGUUUUCAAUCCUCAGGACAAUAUCUGCUAGGGGUGGGCUUAACUUGACACGUCCCUGUUUUUGUGUUUGCUCGUUUUGCCUACCCAUUGAGAUCUUGUUUAAGGAUAUAGCGAAAUGUUUACCAGCGUCGGUCGAGGCCUGCAGUCCUGUGUUGAGUCUCAUGUUUUGAGUCUCCAUUUGUUUCCUCAGAAGCCAAGCUACCCCAGCAGGAGCUCCCCGGAUGAAGCAGAAGAAAAUGCAAGACAUGGUGGGUGGAGUUUCCUUGAAGCUCUCUCCAAUGGGAAUCAAGAAGACAAGGUGUACGUCCAUCCUCUAGUAAAGCACUCAUCCACAAAGCUGAGCAAGAAAAGCUUAGAAAUGUGCACGGAAAGCUUAGGCAGCGAGAGCGGGAGCGACAUGGGCGAGAAGGACGUCACAUUAUUAAGAUUGGAAGCGGAGAAUUCUCGUCCCAAGGUCGGAUACUCAACAUGGGUGCACGAGAAAGCGAUUAGAAAGGACACUAGAUAUCCACCUCCAUUGACAUCAAUAAGUGGCUCCACAGGCAUCAGAAUGAAGUCCUACAGAGAAGACGGGCGGCUGGUGUUGAGAGCCGAGGUAAACUCAGGUUCUGGCAGUAGCUACUUCCAUGCAGAACGUAGCCAUGGCAGGCUUAAACUUCAUAUGGUGAAACACAGUGAAAAGAGGGGCGAAGAAGAUGGUGAAGCUGAAGAAAUGGGAAUGGAAGAAUUUGGAAGGCCGCGCAGUUGCAGCAGCAGCAGCAGCUGCAGCAAACAAGGCAGUCGCCAAAGCAAAGAGGUGCUCCAUUGGGAGCCACUAUGGGUUUCUACUUAGUUCAAGAUUUCAUCCAUACUCUUAAUUAAGACCUCUAAUUAUGAUUAUUAUGUAAAUUAUUACCCCAUUUAUGUUAGAAAAAAAAAAUCCUUUCCACUUCCAUUGUAUCUUGAAUCUUAUGCCAAUCGAGAUGAGAUUAUAAGACACUCG